AUGCCUCCAAAGGUCUUCACACCAUGGUUUCGCCUGUUACAUGGCUAUAUUCCUACGGCUGCUUUACAUCAUGCCUGGAAUCCCAGCGUGACCGUCUCUCCAAUGUGCAGACUCUGCCAACAAGACGUUGAAACACACCACCGCCUCUUUGUGGGCUGCCUUCUCAAACUCAACUUCUGGUUCUUCAUUUUCGAGGGAUAUUCUCUGCGGGACAAGUUCCUUGUUGCAGAUGAAAUAUGGUCUGUGCUCACUUCUUUUGUCCUGGUAGACGAACAAACCAUAGUCGAUACGGACAUUCUUUGUUUCUUUGGUGCGACUAUUGCAACAAUCUGGAAAUACCACUGGCGUUGCAUAUUCGAUGGCACUCUGUGGUGUACAAUUGUAGUCGUCAACAGUUUCAAAUUGAAACAUAGCAGAUUCUUGUCGACAUUACCUUUUGAACAGAAGUUAUCUUCCUCUAUAGACACAUAA